CCAACCGCUGGAAGAGGUGGUGCGCUCCAAGCGGUACGCGGAGCUCCCAAGCUCCGGGGCAGGCCCACUGCAGGCACCUGCUCACAGGGGUUCCUGGGUAAUAGGUGCCCACUGCCAAGAUGCUGGGGCUGCUGGUGGCAUUCUUAGCCCUGGCGCUUGCCUUCUUCGCGCUGCUGGAUGGUUGGUACCUGGUGCGCGUGCCGUGUGCGGUUUUGCGCGCACGCCUGCUGCAGCCGCGCGUGCGCGACUUGCUGGCCGAGCAGCGGUACGCCGGCCGGGUACUGCCGUCGGAUCUGGACCUGCUCCUUCACAUGAACAAUGCGCGCUACCUGCGCGAAGCCGACGUGGCGCGCGCUGCGCACCUGACCCGCUGCGGUGUGCUGGGGGCGCUGCGCGACCUGGGCGGGCACACGGUGCUGGCCGCCUCGUGCGCGCGCUAUCGUCGCUCGCUGCGCCUGUUUGAGCCCUUCGAGGUGCGCACUCGCCUGCUAGGCUGGGACGACCGCGCCUUCUACCUGGAGGCGCGCUUUGUCAGCCUUCGCGACAGCUUCUUGUGUGCCUUGCUGCGCUCCCGGCAGCACGUGCUGGGCACCACGCCGGAUCGCGUAGUACAGCACUUGUGCAAGCGCAGGGUGGAGCCCCCUGAGCUGCCAGAAGACUUGAAGCACUGGAUUGCCUACAAUGAGACCAGCAGCCAGCUGCUCCGUGCUGAGAGUGGCCUCAGCGACACCAAAAAGGACCAGUGAUGCCAUACCUGCGCCCUCCCUGCCUGCCUGUCAGCCAGUCCAUUCCAUAGAAUGGGCCGCCUGGGUUGCACUCCUAGCCGGAGUGGCCUUGGACAAGCCUGGCUCCUUUUACCCGCUUGACUCAACUCCUCUGUGCUUACCUCCUCCUGGGCAGCUGUUGGGGUGGACAUUGUUGUCCUGGCCCAGAUCUGCCUCCUGGGUCCCUAGAGCCUGACUGUUCUAGGUUUCCCAGAUGAGCAGGCUCCUGGAGCAGAAGGGCCAGCACAGAGCCCAAAGUCAGGGAUGCUUAUAAUCAGGCAGGCCAGAGUAGUCCUGGGUGUGGCUGGGGCCUGCAGCUUACUCAGGGACAGUGGACCCUCUGGAGGGUCACCUUAUAGCAGGGAAGAUAGGCCAGGACCAGCCCAAGGGCCCCUUAGAACUCAGAAGGGCAAGUAGAAGCAGAUACUUGGCUGUGAUUCUGGUGAUACCCAUCACUCUAAGAUUAUGUAUCCUGUCUAGCCAGGUCACCGGGGCCAGGAGCCCUGGUGUAGGGGAGGGGUCCCAUGACUAUGCUGAGUACCUGCCCUGUCAGCUCAGGGGAGGGGUCAGUUGCUUGGAGCUAGGCGCUGCCUCCUCGCUACCUCUCUGGGAACCAUACCUGGAGCCAGAGCCAGGAGCUUCAGUGGUGCCAGGACCCUCACCCGCGCCCCCUACCCACCCCCAUGCUACUAUGCUUGCCUUAGUGCUAUCAAGGGGAAGCUGCAAUCUGUUUUAUUUAAAGAAAGCACAAGAUUAAAACGUUUAAAAGGCA